AAAGAGUUGAACAUCAAUCCCAAAGCUCCAUCCCCACUGGCCACUGAAGUCUCUUGAUCCCAUCCCGCGUCUCAUUCAAUUUAUAAUUCACAUCACUCCACUCUCCUCAGCGACCUCUCCCUUUCCCUACCAUGUCCCCCGCCGAUCCGCCGGUCUCGGCCGCCGGCGUCGGCCUCGGCUACGGCAUCGCCAUCGCCGUCAGCUUCCUCGUCCUCAUCUCCACCAUUAUGCUCGCUUCCUACAUUUGCGUCAGGCUCAAGACCAGCAGCGGCGGCGGCGGCCGAAGUUCUAGAGACCACAACGACGACGCCGCCGUCAGCGAUUACCGGUACCAGCUCCACCACCAUCUCCGCCGCGACAACUCCUCGUCGGAGGCGGCGGUUGAGUUCGUGGCCGGGCUGGAUCCGAAGUCGAUCGAGUCCCUGCCCAAGAUUCUGUUGGGGGAGAGCAAGCGGCUGCCCAGGCCCAACAGCGGCGGCCCAUGCGCCAUCUGCCUGUCCGAUUACCGGCCCAAGGAUACGCUGCGGUGCAUUCCGGAGUGCAACCACUGCUUCCACGCUCGCUGCGUUGACGAGUGGCUCCGGAUGACCGCCACGUGUCCUCUAUGCCGGACAUCUCCCGCCCCGUCUCCAGGUCCAACCCCGGUGGCCUCUCCGUUGUCGGAGCUGGUGCCGCUCGCCGUUCAUGUCGUUAGGUUCUUACGAGGUGCUCAAAAUUGGUGAUGGCUUGAGGAUCAGGGCAACUUUUUGUGAAAUGUAAAUGUCAAGAUGGCGGGGACUUGACUUUAGUUGGAAGAAGUUGGAUUCUUCAAUUUUUGUUCUGUAUAGGAAUUUUUUUUUAAAUGGAUGCAGGGCAUCUCAACUUUCAUUCACAACCAGUUGAGGCUCUGAAAUCCCCUGACAGUCAUACAAAAUGUAAAGGUACAUAAUAGGAU